AAUUAACUUGAAAAAACCAUGUCCUAGUUCCUAAUCUCAAGGUCAAACACUCACCCCACGUUUCUCUCUCCUCACACACACACUCUCUCUCUCUAACCCAACACGGUUUUGACUCAGAAAACAAAAGGUUUUCAUAUUUUUCUUUCCUUUUAAUUUUUUCAUAAUUUUCCGGAAAUAGAAAACAUAUUUUUCUCUCUCAUUGUGUCUCCCUCUCUCGCUCUCUCUCUGUCUCUCUCCGUUCUUGAUCCAUGGAAGGGGAACUUGGCACCCACAAGGCAGAAGAAGAAAGUUGAUUCCUUUGGGCGAGAGUCGGACACCCAUUUGGCUGAAAACUCCAAUGCGGUCUUCGAGAAGAGCCUCGAACGAUCGUGGAUCUGAUGGUGGGUUUUGCGGGGACAUGGGUGAUGAAGAUGGCUUCGGUUUCAGUUUCAGUUUCAGGUGCAGGAACAAGAGUUGGUAGGGUUGUUGUGGGGGGCAACGAUCCGGUGGUGGUGCGGCAGCAUAGACGACGAUGCAGCUUCACUUCUCGCCUAGCAUGAGAAGCAUCACGAUAUCGAGCAACAAUGGGUUUAUUGACUUGAUGAAGAUCAAGGUCGCAGCUUGCCACAUUUCCUAUCGAACCCUCUUCCACACCAUCCUCAUCCUCGCUUUCUUGUUGCCCUUUGUCUUCAUUCUCACUGCUCUUGUUACCCUUGAAGGUGUCAACAAGUGCUCCUCAUUUGAUUGUUUAGGUAGGCGGUUGGGACCGAGGCUUCUUGGUAGGGUUGAUGAUUCAACGCAGAGACUAGUUAGAGAUUUUUACAAGAUACUUAACGAAGUAAAGACUGGGGAUAUUCCAUCUGCUCUAAAGCUUCCAGAUUCAUUUGAUCAACUGGUUUCUGAUAUGAGGAACAAUCAAUAUGAUGCAAAAACGUUUGCAUUAAUGUUAAGGGGAAUGAUGGAGAAAUUUGAGAGAGAAAUCAGACAAUCUAAAUUUUCAGAGCUGAUGAAUAAACACUUUGCAGCAAGUUCAAUCCCUAAAGGAAUUCAUUGUCUGUCUUUGCGUUUGACCGAUGAAUAUUCGUCAAAUGCUCAUGCCCGCAAACAGCUGCCUCCUCCAGAGUUACUACCCACACUGUCUGACAACUCUUACCAUCAUUUUAUUGUUUCAACUGAUAACAUCUUGGCUGCUUCAGUAGUUGUUACUUCUACUGUGCAGUCAUCUCAGAAACCUGAGAAUAUAGUCUUCCAUGUCAUCACUGACAAAAAAACUUAUGCUGGUAUGCACUCAUGGUUUGCACUAAAUCCUGCCUCUCCUGCUAUAGUUGAAGUUAGAGGCAUUCACCAGUUUGACUGGUUGACUAGAGAAAAUGUUCCAGUGCUUGAAGCCGUAGAAAAUCAAAAUGGGAUCAGGAAUUACUACCAUGGGAAUCAUUUUUCUGAAACCAAUCUCAGUGAUACCAAUCCACGUAAAUUUGCCUCAACAUUGCAGGCUAGAAGUCCAAAGUAUAUAUCUUUACUCAAUCAUCUCCGCAUUUACAUACCUGAGCUUUUCCCAAACCUUGACAAGGUGGUUUUUUUGGAUGAUGAUGUUGUGGUUCAACGUGACUUGUCUCCGCUUUGGGAAAUUGAUCUGAAUGGAAAAGUUAAUGGAGCCGUGGAAACUUGCAGAGGUGAAGAUGAGUGGGUAAUGUCUAAGCAUUUUAGGAACUACUUCAAUUUUUCCCACCCGCUCAUUGCACAGCAUUUGGACCCUGAUGAGUGUGCUUGGGCUUAUGGGAUGAAUGUAUUUGAUUUGCGUAUGUGGAGAGCAACAAACAUAAGAGAGACAUAUCAUACCUGGCUGAAAGAGAAUCUGAAGUCAAACCUGACGAUGUGGAAGCUUGGAACCCUACCCCCGGCUUUGAUUGCAUUCAAAGGUCAUAUUCACCCAAUUGACCCCUCUUGGCACAUGCUUGGCUUGGGUUAUCAGAACAAAACUGAUGUUGAGAGUGUGAAGCAGGCUGCUGUUAUUCAUUACAACGGCCAGUCGAAACCAUGGUUGCAAAUUGGCUUUGAACAUCUUAGGCCAUUUUGGACCAAGUAUAUCAAUUAUUCAAAUGAUUUUGUUAGGAACUGUCACAUAUUAGAUUCAUAGUCUGCCAUGAGAUGCACAAUGGUUUGAAGUGCAUGCAUAUACUACGAAAGGGGCGAGUAAAUAGAGGUUUCAUCUAAAUUUUUGCGGCUUGAGGUUUUCUUCAAGAUGAAUUUGAGAAGGCAAUAGAAAAUUGGUUUGAGAGGGCAAAGUGAUGAGGACAUGGUGGGUGGAUUUGCUGCCACCCCCUACAUUUUUGCACACACAGUUGCCAUCAUGGCAUGGCUUUGAGAAUCAAACAGUCUUGUGACUUUGAAACACGUCCUAUAUUUUUGGUUGGUGAAAGGAUACUAUUAUUGGUCUUAUGUGGGGCUACUAUAUCAAAAAUUCCUUAGUGAAUGUUGGAGAAUAAACUAAAUGCUGAAGAUAGAAAAGGUCAUGGUCAUGUGCCUGUGUCAUCAUACUAGUUUGUUGUUGAGAACACAAGUGCUAGGACAGUUAAUUUGUGAGGUUCCCCCACUAGUGCAGUGUUUUCCCCCAUCAUUUUUUAGUUUGUUAAUUUUUGUUAGCACCAAUUUUUACAUUCACCCCAUUGGAUUUGCUAUCAUGAUGGUGAAUUGUAGGAACAGUAGUUCAUGAGAUUGCUUUGUUACAGGUCCAUUGAAUUGGGGAACUGUCUGUAGGAUAUAUCUAUAUAUCUAUAUAUUGUUAUUCGUUGUGUACGAUUACCAGACAUUGGAAAUGUGCAGAUAAUUCUUUUUUCCUCGUCUC